UCUGCCAAUCAGCAACUAGGAAACCUUGUGAGAAGUCUGAUUGGUCAGAACGCGGCAUGGAACGGAAGACUGAACAGAGACACGUUGGAUCUAAUUAGAAACUACAAAAUGGAAAUGUUUUGAAGAUACAUUGUAGGUCCCGAUCACAGAAACAUGGAGACAGCAGCAUUGGUUGCCCCGGUCACAGCUCUGGAGUUCCUGCAGGAUACGUUUCUACUGACAGGUGAGGGUCCAGUGUUGACGGUGUACAGUCUUCAGCCUGUACCGAAAGCAUGUACCUCAGUGCCUGUGCUCCAACAGCACCGCAUCCACGGGAUAAGGUCGAGAGUCUCGACGACAAUUUCACGACCGAGUUCGUUCACAGAGAGUUGCAAAGAAACCAAAGGCUUGAGAAACUCCUAUGACCUCGCUGUGUUUGGCGGGAAGACGGUCAGACUUGUGAGACUUCAUUUGGAUGUCUCUGCUGUGGAGCUCGCACAGUUAGAGAUAUCGCGUCCCCCUUUGGAGCUUCAGGACUGGAUUCUGGAUAUCCGCUGGCUACGUGAAGACAAACAGUCUCUCCUGUGUGUAGCUGUAGCCCAUAACGGUGCCCUUGUCCUGGACAUCAACUCAGGGAAUGCUCUGGCUCACUGCUCGUGUCUGGAAGGGUGUCUGCUGUACUCUGCGCUCCUUGUAGUGCACAAAUCCUGGACAGAUACUGUUGUGAUAGGAGGGACGGUUUUCAAUCAGCUGGUUCUCUGGAAACCUGGAGGAGAAGCGAGUCGUAACAAAGCUCCAGUGGAAAGACGUUUGCUGGGUCACACCGGUGUUAUCUUCAGCAUCUCUUACCUUCAGGAGAAAGGAUGGCUGGCGUCAGCUUCAGACGACCGCAGUGUCAGGGUUUGGGCUAUCGGCGUUUUAGGGGGCUGCGGAGGCAAUUGUGGGGAUUUGAAGCCAACUUGCUUAAGAGUGCUUUUCGGACACCAAGCAAGGGUGUUCUCUGUGUGCCUCUCCCCAAGGAGAGUGUUUAGUGCUGGGGAAGAUGGGGCUUGCUUAAUUUGGGACGGGGCUGGAGGUGGGACAGUUCUUCGCACUUUGAAGGGACAUCGAGCCGGUGGGAUUCGAGCGCUGGCGGUCAGUCCGGGAAGAGAUGACACCGGCAGAUGGGUGGCAACCGGGGGAGCGGAUGGAGGGGUGAAGUUGUGGAAGGUUGAGGACGAUGAAAAGGAAGACACUGUCACAAAGACAAUAACAGACCUGGAAUUUUCCGGUCGAGGUGUGCCAAAAGUAGUUUGUGUCGUAGAAGGCGAAGCAAAAAAUACGAAGUGGAGCCAGUGUAGGAUUCUGGUUUGUACCGACCAAGGUUUUGUUUACCAGUAUGCUAACGGCCACUGGGAGUUGCUCUGGCAAGGUUCUCUUGAGUUUCAGUCCUACUGUGUGAUGGAAACGGUGGCUGUGAGAGUGAAAGACUCAACAAGUAAAGCGAAUUUAUGUGCUGUUGGGAGCCUUAGUGGAGCCUUAAAGGUCUUUCCCAUCUCUCAUCCCCAGAAUGAGAUUCCGCUCCAACCUGGCUCAGGAAAGAUUCAUAGUCUUAUUUGGCAACAGUGUGAUCAAUACGUGUAUUUGCUAGCGUCAGCUGCCGAAGGACAAGUCUAUCGCUGGUGUAUUGACGUGAGAUUCAAUGAAAUGGGUACUCUGUCUCUCCGGGUAAAAUGCUGUCCUUCUUUUGUCCUGCCUACUUGUUCAAAGCGUUGGCUGACCGCUGCAGUGCGCCUUCCCUCCAAAUCCAAGGGGGUUCUGUGGGUGUGCGGGGACAGAAGAGGGUCCCUGCUUUUGUUUCUGGAAAAUCUGGAGCGCAGCGGCGAGGAAGAGACGACUGACUGUAUGCAAGCGAAUAAAAAAGGUCCUGAAACUGAUGGGGCACUGCAAGAAAAAGAGAGUCGGGAGGAGCACAAAGACUUGACGUUGUCGCCGAUAAGCUGCUUGUUUGGGGUGCAUGGAAAACAGGGUGUUACAUCAGUCUGUGAAUAUCAGGGACUUCUCUAUAGCACUGGGAGGGAUGGUUGUGUCCGUAUUUUCAGAGUGUAUGACUCACAGCCAGAAAACCAUGAGGGAAGUGGUGAGGGCCCCCUUGAACUCGAGGUUCUGAGAGUCCAGCGAGCUUGCAAAGGUAUGGAGUGGCUAGAGAGGGCUUUGAUCAUGGAACCGAACAUUUCUGCAGAGAAUGGAUUUAUAAAUGAAUUCAAAUGCCAAAAUACGGUACAGGAGUCUCUGACAAAAACUCCUGUGGAUGAUGAAAAAGGUUCAACGAUUGAAAUCAAGGGAACGGAUGCCCGGUUUGUCAUCUUUGGCUUUCAUGCCUCGCAAUUUGUGGUUUGGGAUCCAGUAAAACUGGAGAGGUUAUUAGCAGUGCCUUGUGGCGGUGGCCAUCGCUCUUGGACUUUCUGGCCAGUCCACACCGGGGUUUGGCCCGGAUACGGAACUCUGGUUUUCAUCAAGCAGGGAUCCGUCCUGGCUUCCGAGCGCCCCCUAGAGUCAACAAGCGGGUCAGGAAGGACAUGGAAUGAAGGAUGGAGCCUUAGAGAGGGCAUUCAUGGGCGGGGGAUCGGGUGUGUUUGCCGGCUUGGGAGCAUUUGCGUUCCCAACGACAGUACAGCAAACCUCGCAGAAACAUCGAGGCCGGUUGGGGUCCAAAUUGAAGGGCAGUGGGAAAUAAUAGUCACAGGUGGAGAAGACACAAGCUUAACCGUUUUGGCCGUACAUCCCAAUUCUGGUAGCGUCACGGUCCUCUCCAUUAUUACCGACCACAUCUCAAGUGUACGGACUAUGGUGGCGCUAACUCACCAGGACAGACUGAAACUUACUUCCCAAUCCCAGUCCCUCUCCGCUUUGUUAAUAUCAGCCAGCGGGCGAGCUCAAUUGCAGUGUUACCGGCUGCAGAUUGGUUGGAACAAGCGGAGACUGACCCCCUUCUGCCAGGUAGUGCAGGUGGCCAGUCACCGAUUGGACGAACACUGGGAGAGGAAGCGGAACAGACACAAGAUGGUGAAAAUAGACCCGGAAACAAGAUACAUGUCUAUGGCUGUGGUUGACCAUAACUCGGAUGCUGUUCUUGUGGCUCUUGCCUGCAGUGACGGGGCAGUCAGAUUGUUCUCUGUCAGUGAAGUGAAACGCCAAAUAUACCUGCUGUGGGAGACGUUUUACCACCAGCGGUGUGUGCUCAGUGUCGCCACCUGCAGUCUAAAGGCUGGAAAAGGCCACAGGUAUAUGCUGCUAUUCAGUGCUGCGACGGAUGGCAAGAUUGCAGUGUGGGAUCUGACCCCAGCAGCUUCUGGCUGUCCGAGCGAUGCUCCAACUCCGCCAAUCCCGUGCCACAGCAUUGCCGCCCACCAGAGUGGUGUCAACUCUUUGGCUGUUUGGCCUCACACACAAGAGCCCCUAGAUGGCGGUUGCCUGGUAACCAUUUCGAGCGGAGGGGAUGAUGGACAGCUGACGGUGUCCACCAUUCGGGUGGACUUCCUGGAGGACCGUUUGAGGACGGUGGGCGUCACACAGAACCAGCCGCAAAGCCAUCUUGGUCUAUAUCUCCUCUCCCAGUUGAGUGUCCCUUCGGCACAUGCAGCCCCUCUGACUGCCCUUAAGCUCCUUCGACCAGGUCUGAUCGUCACCGCCUCUUGUGAUCAAAGAGUCUGCCUGUGGGAGCUUUGUAGUACUAGUAUCAACCACAGCGGGGUGCUGUGCUCCCAUGUUGCUGAUGCUGCAGGACUUGCAGUGUGGCAGGAGCCAGUGGUGGAAGAUGGAAGGAAUGCCGAGUCUGAUGCGGACAAGGUCUUUGUUUGUCCAAGGGCAGAAGGUCAAACACACUUAAAACGAGGGGGGCUGGGUCAUAAGGACCAAGACGUUGUCGGUGGGUCAUGGGAAAAGACGGAUGACUCAAUUUUGAAGAUGGACAAAGAGACAAAGUAUUGCGGGAAAAUACAGACUAAUGACCAAGAUGGAGAUGAGACGAUCACAGAAAUGGCUUUAAGAUCUUCCUGUGAGAGAAAGGGAGCGAAAGAAAUAACCGGAUGGGUGCUGGUCUGUGGUCAAGGCUUCCAGCUGCUUCGAAUUCGAAAUAAAGACAAUGAUGAAGCCAUCCGAACAAAUGAGAGGAGGAAAACCGAGGAAGACAAAACCGCACAGUAGCUUUGCACGGACACUCUGCAUGAGUGCAGCAAAUGUUUAUUUACGAUCACGUCACAUGUGAUCCAUUUUUGAUUGCACAUGACGCAAUCAUUGUAAGCAUUUUGUCACAUUUACAGGCUUUUUGAAAUAAAGCUACCGUAAUUUAUUCAA